GUUGAAGUACUAACUUUUAUUCCCCCACAAUCUCUUCUCGAAACGAAACUUCUCUUACAAGUCCUUCCAGUGAAACUCUGUUAACACCAACACAUCAUGAAAUUCCAAAUUCAAAUUCUGGGCCUCUUUGCCGCCCUUCCAUAUCUCGCACUUGCUGUUCCCGUAUCAUCUCCAGAUGUAACUAUCCGAGAGGAGAGCCCUGAUACCCUGUACGAGCCCCUCGACUACGUCUACGAAGGGAAGAAAUUGAACGUCAAGGAGAAGAAACGUGAAGAGACUCCUGACACCUUGUAUGAGCCCCUUGACUACGUCUACGAAGGCAAGAAAUUGAACGUUAAGGAUAAGAAACGCGAAGAAACACCGGACACCUUAUACGAACCGCUUGACUAUGUAUAUGAGGGCAAGAAGUUGAAUGUCAAGGACAAGAAGCGUGAAGAGACUCCGGAUACUUUAUACGAACCUCUCGACUAUGUCUAUGAGGGGAAGAAAUUGAAUGUCAAGGAGAAACGCGAAGAGAGUCCAGAUACUCUAUAUGAGCCUCUUGAUUACGUUUAUGAGGGAAAGAAGCUCAAUGUCUAGUGGACGUAGCAAGAGGCUGGAGAAUGAGGAAAGAGAAAGCGGCACGUGACCAUUGCAUGUCCUUGCGAUUUGGGUUGGAGGAUAAGACAAAUCAG